GAAAGCUACUCAGAUAAAUAACAAUCAACAUGGUAUUAUUGAAAGGAGUUUUCUUGGCGUCGGAACCGUUUUUUCACUGAUCUGAGGUGGAGAGAAAAAAAAAACAAAAUUUUAUUGAUUUGUCAAAAUAUUAAUUGUCAUCCUUGCAAACUAUGAAGAAUUAUACUGUUCUAGUGAGCUGCUAUCAGAUAUUUAUUCUAAUAUAUCUGAUAGAACUUCCAAAUGCAAAAGGUAAUAUUACCGGAAAAAAUAUUCAAGGAAAAAAAGAUGCUGCCGAAGGAUGCUUCUGCAAGUUAUCUGGCACUGUAGAUGAUUGUGAAUGCAAAGUAGAAAAUGUUGACUUUUUCAACAAUCUUCGAGUACAACCAUUAUUGCACAAGAUUCUCCAAACAGAUUACUUCAGAUAUUUCAAAGUAAAUUUGAAUAAAAAAUGUCCUUUUUGGUAUGAUGAUCAUCAAUGUUCUUUGAAAGACUGUGCUAUAGACAAAUGUAAAAUGGAUGAAAUUCCUAUCGGUCUGAAAGAAAGCAGCCAGCAGGAUACUAAGGGAAAUAAGUAUUCAGAAAAGGCCAAUUCAGAAGAACACACAUGUGAAGAAAAAGUAAAAUUGGCUGCAUUAGAUAAAACCAUCAGUGAUGAAAGUAAACAAGCUUUCCAGAGUUGGUCUGUAUUUGAUGAUGCACAGAUGACAUUUUGUGAAAUUGAUGAUGAAUUAUCAUCAGAAAUGGAAUAUGUUGAUUUACUACUGAAUCCUGAAAAAUACACUGGUUAUAGAGGACAUUCACCUCAUCGUAUCUGGAACAGUAUAUAUAAUGAAAAUUGUUUCAAACCUAACCCAACUUUCGCAUAUGGUUCACCACAACUAAAAGCAGGCGAUCAAUUAGAAGGAAUUUGUCUUGAGAAAAGAGUUUUCUACCGCAUGAUUUCUGGACUUCAUACAAGUAUCAAUAUACAUUUGUCUGCAAAAUACUUAUUUCCAGAUACUGUUUAUAAACCUAGCAAAUGGGGUAUGAAUGUAAAAGAAUUCAAGCAAAGAUUUGACCCAGAAACAACUGCCGGACAAGGCCCACAAUGGUUGAAAAAUCUAUAUUUUACUUAUUUAGUUGAACUAAGAGCCAUUGCAAAAGCUUCACCUUACUUAGAAACGGAAUCUUUCUACACUGGUAAUGAAACAAAUGAUCUUAAGGUGAAACAUGAUAUAAAAAAAUUCUUGGAUACUGUGCGAUCAUUUAAUGAUCAUUUUGAUGAAAGCAAACUUUUCCAGGGAGAUUCUAUACAAGCUAAAAAACUUAAAGCUCAAUUUCAAAUUCAUUUCCGAAAUAUAUCUCGAAUAAUGGAUUGCGUUGGUUGUGAUAAAUGCAAAUUAUGGGGAAAAUUACAAGUUCAAGGAAUGGGAACUGCAUUAAAGAUUUUAUUCUCUGGUAAUUCUAUUGGACCUAAUUCAGUCGUGAAUGCUAACAAAAAGAAUAACUUCCAGCUUCGAAGAACAGAAAUUGUUUCAUUAAUAAAUGCAUUUGGCAGAUUGUCAGAGAGUAUAAAGGAAUUGAACACAUUCAGAAAUACAAUGAUGUAAUUACAUCAUUGUGAAAUUUCCAUUUAACUGUGAUAAUGCUAAUUCUAUUCAUCAAAAAAAAGAAAAAAAAACUGUUAAGCUAUAUUUUUUUAUCAAAACCUUCUAAAUAACAUUCAUUUUGGAAAAACUAUAUUUAAUUUGAUUGUACUUUAAGUAAAUUUUUAAGGUAGAAAAUAACAUAAAAGGACUUUUAAUAAACUGAUUCUUUAUUUAUCGUAGCUGUAUAAAUGUGGGUGGUCGGGUGUCAGAAACAAAAUAUUAAGCAUUUUUAGAUAUUUAUGUUAUAUUGCAGUUAUUCAGAUGAGAUGAUUUUGAUUAGAAUAAGACUUUCCAAAAGUGAGUUUGUUUACUACUUUUCUAUUGGUAUAUAAAAUAGGCCUGUUAUAUUUAAUUCAUUUAUUUUUAGGCCAAGUCUGAAUAGAAAGGUUUUGGAGAAUAAUUAUAAUAUUACAAACAGAUUGAAAUGAAUUUUGUUAAGUUUAAACUCAUUUUUUUUUUUCAUCUCCAUUGAGAAAUUGGAUAGAAGAAUAUCAGAAUCAAAUCUAAAUCCAGCAGUUAUAAAUGACUUUUAUUAAAGUUUUACAACUUUAGUGUUGAUGUUUAUGUGGAUUCAAAGUUAAAACAAGCAAACCAACACCAUCUUAAAAGCAUUCCAAUCAAGAUCUAAUUCUAGAAUAUUCUACAUAGUACUAAAUGUUGAUCUACUAAAUGUGAAAGAAUGAAUAACAUGUAUGAAUGUUAUCACCACAAACGUUUUCAUUAGAGACAGCACUAUCAUUCACUUAGUUUAAAUUACUACUUUAUUAUUAUUAUAAUUACUACUUUAUUAUUAUUAUAAUUACUAUUUUAAAAAAAUAUUUUAAAAAGUUAUUUGAAUUUAAUGUUUUUUUAUUAUUCAGAUUGCAAUAUUUUAAAAAUGUAUUUUUUAAAUUUUAGAUUUCUUAAAUAUCUACGCAAUCUGAAACAAAAAGCUACUCAGGUUCAAGAGGUUGUUUUAACAGUUUUGAGUAGAAAACUAAACUUCUUUUGUAAGAAAUAUGUAUGAAAAAUGAGCAUUUUACUCUUAAAACAUAUCUCCAAGUGUUCUACUGUUUGUAAUUGUAUUUCCUUAAAUCUAUGUAAUUGCAUUCUAUUUUAUUUUUAAUUUUUUUUUUUUUCUAAUAAAGAAAGUUUCUUCUUAAA